AUGGAAAUGGACGUGUACGAUGAACUACUAGCUGCCGUACUAUUUAUAGUUUUUACAAUGUUCAUGUUAUGGGUAUUUCGAAAGUUAUGGGCAGUUCGGAAAAGAAAAACUAUCAAUGACACAUCAUCAAAAAGCGGACACUACUGGAGUCCUAUCGAGCAAAACGAGCAACAACACAACUACUGUUCGGGAUGUAAGCAGCACGUUGUAUCGGGUUACGAGUGUGAUAACUGCCUACUAAAAGUGGAUAAUAUUAAUUGUCUUCGUGCAAUCUCCACAAAGAUCCAUUGCAAAGUGAAUCAGACGUUAUGCCGAAAAGAAACCUUCGACCAUCAUUGGAUUUGCGGCAACAUUGGUGCAGAUCUCUUCUGCGAAGUUUGCGAAGAACUGUGUGGUGGUGGUGUUGGACUUCAAGAUUUUCGAUGCUCUUGGUGUUGGAGGGUCGUGCACACCAAGUGUAAACCUAAAUUCACACUUUCUUGCGAUUUCGGAAGAUUGCAGAGGACUAUCAUCCCACCGUACUGUGUGACCACCAGAAAGCCAGGAAAUCGAAAUCAGAGAAUGGCCGUCAUUGACAAAAUCGAGAUACCAACGGAUAUUGAAAAAUGGCGCCCGAUCAUGGUUAUUGUCAAUCCAAAGAGUGGCUCCGGAGCAGGAAAACAACUUCUUCGCAACUUCAGAGCACAUCUUCAUCCAGCUCAAGUUGUAGAUGUACUCAAGUCAAAUAUCUCUGCCUCACUCCGAUGGAUCGAUGAACAUCCAGAAGUUGACGUUCGUAUUCUGAUCGCCGGUGGAGACGGAACCAUUUGCUCAGCCCUUGAUCAAAUUGACACACUCAGUCGUCGCAUUCCGGUAGCCGUUUUACCUCUCGGCACUGGUAAUGAUCUUUCUCGAUGGUUAAAAUGGGGCAAAAAAUGCGGCGGCGAUAUUGACGUCAUCAAGUUGAUGGAGGAUAUACAAGAAGCCGAGGUUACACUCGUAGAUCGAUGGACAAUUGACGCGGAAAGCCAGAAAAAACUGGGAGUACGAUUGCAGUCCAACAAAACACUUUCAAUGACAAACUACGUCUCCGUCGGAGUGGAUGCUUGUGUUACAUUAGGAAUGCAGAACACCCGCGAGUCGAUUCCAAGAGCAAUGAGUAGCAGAUUACUCAACAAAUUCCUCUUCUUCACAUUUGGAACCAAGGAUGUAUUCGAAAGAGUGUGCAAAGGACUGAACGAAAGGAUUGACCUAUAUUUAGACGACGUGCAUAUCAACCUUCCUGACAUCGAAGGUCUCAUCUUUCUCAACAUUCCGUAUUGGGGUGCGGGAGUUAAGCCAUGGGCCACAUACAAUGCAAGUCAUAGACAAGAAUGUGACGACGAGACCAUUGAAGUGUUCGCAGUAACAUCAUCCUUCCAUAUUGCUCAAAUGCAGAUUGGACUCGCCAGUCCGUUAUGUAUCGGACAAGCAAAACACGCGAAAUUGGUGUUCAAGGGGAAUCAUUCGUUCCCAAUGCAAUCGGACGGAGAAGCAUGGGUCAAUUCAGCCGGAACAGUUUUGAUCUCACAUAAGUGCAAGACUGCGAUGCUGAGAAAAGCGGAGAAGCAGAGUACCGGAUGCGGAAUGUUCUUCUAA